UAAUACUACACAGACCUGCAAAAAAAUUAAACAGACACUGAAAUAAAUACGUUUGUUUGUGUUGCUAACGAACCCUUCUCUACUGCCCACAUUCACAAUGCUUUAUUUGAUUCUCUUUGUUGGAACUUUCGUCCUGUCCUCGGGGCAAUUCACGACUAGCCCAUCGUUUACAACAUCAACCACAAGUUCCAUAACCUUAACAGCUAACCCGUUGUUGGCACCAUCAACCACAACACCUACAACCACAACUACUGUCCCUGGGGAUACAAGUACUGUCCCUGAGGAAAUAACAACCACAACACCUACAACCACAACUACUGCCCCUGGGGAUACAACUACUGCCCCUGGGGAUACAACUACUGCCCCUGGGGAUACAACUACUGCCCCUGCGGAUACAACUACUGUCCCUGGGGAUACAACUACUGCCCCUGGGGAUACAACUACUGCCCCUGGGGAUACAACUACUGCCCCUGGGGAUACAACUACUGCCCCUGGGGAUACAACUACUGCCCCUGGGGAUACAACUACUGCCCCUGCGGAUACAACUACUGCCCCUGGGGAUACAACUGCUGCCCCUGGGGAUACAACUACUGCCCCUGGGGAUACAACUACUGCCCCUGGGGAUACAACUACUGCCCCUGGGGAUACAACUACUGCCCCUGGGGAUACAACUACUGCCCCUGGGGAUACAACUGCUGUCCCUGGGGAUACAACUACUGCCCCUGGGGAUACAACUGCUGUCCCUGGGGAUACAACUACUGCCCCUGGGGAUACAACUGCUGUCCCUGAGGAAAUAACAACCACAACACCUACAACCACAACUGUUAUCGCGGAUUUUACAACAACACCCACAGCUGGUGUCCCAGAGGAUUCAUCAACACCCACAACCGUUCAACCAACAACAAUUCCUACAGCAAACCUGACCACGUUUGCACAUGCAGCGGUGAAUUUAUCCAGCUACGAAAAUCUGGAUAGCGAUACAAUCGUUUCAAACAUUGAGGAGUUCUUGAAGCAAAUAAGCAAUAAUGCCCUUGGACCUCUGAAGAUAACAGUGAAACGUUUCUCAAAAUGUAGCGGCGCACAGUGUGGAGACCAGCAACCCUCUACUACCCCUCAACCCACCACUGGCCCUCAACCCUCUACUACCCCUCAACCCACCACUGGCCCUCAAACCUUCCCUGACACUCAACCCUCUACUACCCCUGAACUCUUCCUUGACACUCAACCCACCACUGGCCCUCAAAUCUUCACUGACACUCAAACCUUCCUUGACACUCAACCCUCCACUGACCCUCAAACCUUCCCUGACACUCAAGCCACUACUACCCCUCAAUUCUUCCCUGACACUCAAACCUCCACUGGCCCUCAACCCACAUUUACAUAGAUCACCAGACAUCUGUAUAGCCUACUUGUUGAUUUGUUAACUUGUCAAUAAUUUGAAAUGGAGUGGGGUAAAUUGAAAUGUAGGUACAUAAAUAUAUGUCAUACAUGUUCAUACUCUAACUUUGAAGGAAUAGCUAUGUUUUUUAAAAGUCAGUGAUAUUGGUAACACUUCCCAUUGAGGUAUCCUUUAAGUGAGUUGUAAAAGGUAUAUGAAUACUUCAUCAACCGUACUGACUGGGAUUAGGAUAUGUAUUUUACUGUAUGACAGGGACUGGUAGAUAUUGCAAUCAACAAGUUUAAAUCAAUCAUGUGGAAAUAUCUCCAUAGACCCUGAACUUUGAUGUAGUAAUUCAAAGACUCUGCUUUGUGAAGAUUGAAACUGCUUUUUCUAUAAAGUAUGGCAGACUAUUUAGAAAUAUGUUUUUUUUUUUAGCUAAAUAUUUUCUAGCUUUUUUAUUCUGUUAUUUUCAUUACUUUUUAUGAUGUAUUCUUUGUGUUGUUUUCCUUUGUCAGGUUGGGCCCCUCUCAAUCAAACCUGUUUUCAACCCCAUUGUUAUUUAUUGAAGCUUUAUUUAACUAGGCAAGUCAGUUAAGCACAAAUUCUUAUUUACAAUGACAGCCUACCCCUGCCAAAUCCAGACGACACUGGGCCAAUUGUGCGCAGCCCUAUGGGACUCCAAAUCACAGACGGAUGUGAUCCAGGCCUGGAAUCAAAUCAGGGUCUGCAGUGACACCUCUUGCAUUGAGCUGCAGUGCCUUAGACUGCUGUGCCACUCGGGAGCCCAAUUGUGGUAUGUUAGAUUGUGAUCCUCUCAAUCAAACCUGUUUUUCAACCCCAUUGUGGUAUGUCAGGUUGGGUCCCUCUCAAUCAAACCUGUUUCUAGGUUCAGUCAAAACAACUUUCUUCUUGUGCUCAUUUGGAAUCAUUGAUUAAAAAUAACAUGCCAAAUCUUCUCUUAUGUUGAUUAUAUUGCUAACUGACUUGAUUUAAAAUUAUUUUCAGAUGAUGUGGGCAUGACAUGCUGUGUGGUUGAUUGACUUUUUUUUAAAUGCAUUUGUUGGCAGUGGCUAGUUUAAAGGGGGCCUGAACAUACUGAUUUCACCUCUGUUUUCCUCAUUAAGUAAAAUGCAUUUUCCUUUUGGGGGUGUGGUUUGAUGUGGGUGUGUUAUGUUCACUAUAUAAAAUAAUAUAAAAAAUGUGA